AUGGCAGUCAGGUUACGCAAGGUAUUUCGAUAUCCGGAGGAACUGGAUGAGCGUGAGGAGUUGGAUGAAGAAGAGCAGGAACGGGUCAUCGAACAGUUACAGAGCCAGAAUGAUGCUCGCAACGCCCAGUACAGUAUGGUCUUCACGGCUCUUCCUUUAAUGGCAACCCUCGUCUUUGUUCCCUCGGUGCUAUCACCGCUCAGUCAGCUGGAACGACUGUACUCUUUUCUCGCCCUAACUUCGCUGGUGACCACGGCCUAUAUCAUGAGAUGCUCUCCUCUCCAGCCAGAUCUCAAGGGCAAGAAACCCAUGAACGUCCACAACGAACGUAUGGCUCAAAUUCACGCUGCUUUGGUACCGGGAGCUAGUGCUAUAUCCUUGCUGCUGGCUCUGGUCUAUUUGUCGGCUGGGGCUUAUGGCAUCCAACCGGUGUUAUAUUUAAUUCCUGGGGCUCUCCUGGCAACCGUCCUACUCGCUCAGAGGGUGAUGCGCUCAGUUGACCUUGCAUCCCUCAAGAAUCUCCAGUAUGAAUAUAAAGGUGCUUAG